AUGCACUUCAAAAGCUCAGUCGCCUUCACGUUGGCCGUUGUGUCCGGACUGGUGUCUCUUGGGGUUGCCAAGCCCUUGAAUGCCCACGUCUCUGUGGAGAUUGACGAUAUGUCAGAGGAUGUUUUGGGAUCUCAUAGCUCAUUGGAGAAAUUCCAAAAGCAGGCCGAUGCCAUGUCUGUCGAUGACCCUGUGUACACCUACGGCGUGCAACUCUUCCCCAAUCCAGGAUACUCCGGCCGCCAAGAAGUAUUCAUCGCCUAUCCAGGGCGAUGCCUUCCACUUCCCAACUUUCCUAAUUUCAAAUUCGCAUCUGCGUUGUUGGCACCCGGUAUAUCUCGUUGUGAAUUUUACGAUUUUCCUGGCUGUACAAGGCGCGCGGUCCUGAUGAUUGGGAAGGACGCUGGAUUUGUGGAUACCAGUAGGGUGCAAUUGGGAAGCAUGAAGUGCUCCUGAGUUAGAGGCCUGGGCAACUGGAUUAAUUUUGUUGAACGAGAGAUUUGAUAGUUUCAGUGUUGCGAUAACGAGUCAAAU